UUCUCAUGUAAUGGGGUUGGGCCAUCCCAAGGAUCCCGGAAAGCACGGACGGUGUUAGUGGGGGAACAGGAAGUUCCGGACAGAAGCGCACCAUUCUUCAGUGUAAGGAAAGCGCCAAAACGGUGCAGUCAAGAAGAUAACCUUUGUGUCCGUUUAUAUUUAUUACUACAGGCCGGCUAGAAUUACAUUGAGGCCGGUAACAUCAACAGUGAGGACAAACCCAGCCUGCCUCUCUCCUUCCACACUGAGUCCAAACCUACAGUCACUCGGUCCUGAUUGUGACAGUGGAGCCCAGUUUGCACUGCAGGACCCAGAGAUGGCAUCAGUGAAGCUGGAAGACUGCAGUCAAACACUGGAGCUGAAUGUCAACAUUAAAGAUGAAGAAGAGGAGGAGAAGAUUGGGAAAUCUCUUUCUCAUGGUAUGAGGCCGGUAACAUCAAUAAUGAGGACAAACCCAGCCUGCCUCUCUCCUUCCACACUGAGUCCAAACCUACAGUCACUGGGUCCUGAUAAUGACAGUGGAGGCCAGUUUGCACUGCAGGAUCCAGAGAUGGCAUCAGUGAAGCUGGAAGACUGCAGUCAAACACUGGAGUUGAAUGUCAACAUGAAAGAUGAAGAAGAGGAGGAGAAGAUUGGGAAAUCUGUUAGUCAUGGACGACUAGAAUUAAGUCUGAAGCCGGUAACAUCAACAUUGAGGACAAACCCAGCCUGCCUCUCUCCUUCCACACUGAGUCCAAACCUACAGUCACUGGGUCUUGAUUGUGACAUUGGAGUCCAGUUUGCACUGCAGGAUCCAGAGAUGGCAUCAGUGAAGCUGGAAGACUGCAGUCAAACACUGGAGCUGAAUGUCUACAUUAAAGAUGAAGAAGUGGAGGAGAAGAUUGGGAAAUAUCUUACUCAUGGAGACCAUGUUGAGACAUUCUCUACAUCCAGAGACAAACAGCAGGAAGGUCAUGGAGCUAAGAGGUCUCACCGCUGCCCACAUUGUGAGGAGAUUUUCCCAAUUCUAUCAAAGCUAAAAAUACACCUAAAAAUACACUCAGGAGAGAAUCCGUAUUCCUGUACUGACUGUGGGAAGAGAUUCACAACAUCAAGGGCUCUGACAGUUCACCAGAGACUGCACCCUGGAGAAAAGCCUUACUCCUGCCCUGACUGUGGAAAGAUUUUCUCUCGACUGGGCACCUUAAAAAGACACGAAUAUAUACAUACAGGAGUGAAGCCUUACUCCUGCUCUGACUGUGUAAAAUGCUACACAUCAUCAUCUGAGCUAAAACUUCAUCAGAGAGUGCACACUGGAGAGAAGCCUUACUCCUGCUCUGACUGUGGGAAGAGUUUCUCUCGACAGGGUUUUUUAAAAGUACAUGAACUUAUACAUACAGGAGUGAAGCCUUACUCCUGCUCUGACUGUGGGAAGAUUUUCUCUCGACUGGGCACCUUAAAAAGACACGAAUAUAUACAUACAGGAGUGAAGCCUUACUCCUGCUCUGACUGUGUAAAAUGCUACACAUCAUCAUCUGAGCUAAAACUUCAUCAGAGAGUGCACACUGGAGAGAAGCCUUACUCCUGCUCUGACUGUGGGAAGAGUUUCUCUCGACAGGGUUUUUUAAAAGUACAUGAACUUAUACAUACAGGAGUGAAGCCUUACUCCUGCUCUGACUGUGGGAAGAUUUUCUCUCAACUGGGCCACUUAAAAAGACAUGAACGUAUACAUACAGGAGUGAAGCCUUACUCCUGCUCUGACUGUGUGAAAUGCUUCACAACAUCAACUGAGCUAAAAGUCCAUCAGAGAACACACACAGGAGAGAAGCCUUACUCCUGCUCUGACUGUGUAAAAUGUUUCACAACAUCAACUGAGCUAAAAGUCCAUCAGAGAACACACACAGGCGAGAAGCCUUACUCCUGCUCUGACUGUGGAAAGAGUUUCUCUCAAUCGUGCCACUUAAAAAGACACCAAGGUAAAUUUAAAGGAGAGAAGCCUUACCACUGAUCUGACUGUGGAAAAUGUUUUUAAAACAACAGCUGAGCUUAAAGGUCAUCAGAGAACAGACACAAGAGAGAAGCCUUACUUCUGCUCUUAAUUUGGCAAGAGUAACUCGAGUAAAAGUCUAAAAGUAUUUGGUUGUAAAUAUACCUUAGUAUCAAAAGUAAAAGUGAAUAAUUAAAAAUUCCUUAAAUUAACCUCUACGUGAUGGAUGUCCCUUAACCUGGACGGUUGUUGCUAACGUGCGCCAAUGUGACUAAAAUUAUGUUGUAUACAACAGCCAACUUUCCAGGACAUAGACAUGUUUUUAUAUGGGCAGAAAGCUUAAAUUCUUGUUAAUCUUCUACAGUGUCCAAUUUAACAUUAGCUGUUACAUUGAAAGAAUACCAUGCUAUUGUUUGAGGAGAGUGCACAACAACAUUUAUCAUGGCAACUGGUUUAAUACAUUCACCUCUGAAGGUCAAUAAUGUACUUACAUUCAGUAAUCUUGCUCUGAUUUGUCAUCCUGAGGGUCCCAGAGAUAAAAUGUAGCGUAGUUUCAUUUGCUAAAAUCUAUUUUUAUGUUCAAAUGUAGGAACUGGGUUCUACAUUUUUAACCCCUGCUGUCUCUGGCACCACACCCACCCUGCCCAGCCAUCUAGAUGUGUGAAAGUUUGUGUAUAAACUAAUGGUCCAUCAUGUAUGACAUUCCUGGCAGUGUGUAAACUUAAAUGUUUUAUUUCUAGAGCAUUUUUGUAUGUUCUCUAUAGUUUUGUACUUAAAUGUAUCAAUUGACCAAUUCAGCACAUUUGGGGAAACUCCUGGCAGACUUGAUACAGUGCAGUAAUGUAAUUCUUCACUGGAUCAGUCAGAACCUUUGCACACUGCUGCCAUCUGGUGGCCAAAAUCUAAACCACACCUAGACUCCUAUCUGAAAGUAUGGGCUUUCUCUUGCAUUUCAAAGAUGAAAAAGAAAAACACAGGUUUUAUUGUUUAUAUUAUCUUUUACCAGAUCUAAUGUGUUAUUUUCCAACAUUAAUUUCACAUUUCCACACACUUCAAAUGGUAUCAAGAGUAUGCAUAUCCUUGCUUCAGGUGCUGAGCUACAAGCAGUUAGAUUUGGGUAUGUUGUUUUAGGUGAAAAUGUAAAAGUGUACGAUCCUUAAGACGUUUUUAAGCAAACCAGAUGGCACAAUUGUGUGUUUUAUUUUUUACAUUACGGUAACCAGGGGCACACUCCAACACCAUUUACAAGCAAAGCAUUUGUGUUUAGUCAGUCCACCAGACCAGAGGCAGUAGGGAUGACCAGGGAUGUUAUCUUGAUAAGUGUGUGAAUUGGACCAUUUUCUGUCCUGCUAAUCAUAAAAACAUUUGAGUUCUUUUGAGUGUCAGGGAAAAUGUAUGGAGUUAAAAGUAUUAUUUACUCUAGGAAUUUUGUGAAAUAAAUGUAAAAGUUGUCAAAAAUAUAAAUAGUAAAGUACAGAUACCCCCAAAAAACUACUUAAAUAAUUUUUACUUCAGUACUUUACACCACUGUAUGCAUCCAUGCCGUGUGUCAAGGUGAAGGUGUGGGGUGUGUUUUCAUGGCACAUAUUGGGCCCCUUUUUAAAAGUUGAGUAACGUUUGAAUGCCACAGAAUAUCUAAACAUCAUUGCCAAUCAGGUGCCUCCCUUCAUGGCAGCAGUGUAUCCAUCUGCAAAUGGAUUCUUUUAGCAGGAUUAUGCCUAAUGCCACAAGGUUUGUCCAGGAAUGGUUCCAAGAACAUUACUUCUUUGUCCAUCUGUGGGAGGAGAUGGAAUGAGCUAUUUGGAGUAGAUCCAUUCGCAGCCAACUUGACACAAUUGUAGGAAGCAUUGGAGUCAACAUGGGCCAGCAUCUCUUUAGAACGCACUCAACACCUUGGACAGUCCAUGUCCUGACGAAUUGAGGCUGUUCCUAGGACAAAGGGGGGUGCAACUCACUAUUAGGAAGGUGUUUCAAAUAUGUUGUACUAGGGAUGCACCGAUAUGACAUUUUUGGCCAAUACGCUAUCCAAUAUUUUCCUUGCCAAAAGAACGAUACCAAUAACCGAUAUUUAACAUUUUAGCGGCCUUUUAAGCAUUCUAGUACAGUUAAAUAGUUAACACGGACGCAGUGGUCUGCAAGAGGCGUCACUACAGUCCCUGGUUUGAAUCCAGGCUGUAUCACAUCCAGACAUGAUUGAGAGUCCCAUAGGGCGGCGCACAAUUGGCCCAGUGUCGUCCGGGGUAGGCCGUCCUUGUAAAUAAGAAUUUUGUUCUUAAUUAACUGAUUUGCCUAGUUAAGUAAAGUUUACACACACACAGUCUUGUAUUUGUAACCAAUUUAGGACUCCUCACAAAUACAUACAUUUUGAGGACCAUGCUUUCCAGAUAUCUUAGAAUCACAGAAAUUACACUCAUGAGUUAGAAAACAAAUCUAUUAUGAGGAAAUCACCUAAAGUUGCUGACACCUUGAAAAAAGUUAACUUGUAAUUUUACCAACUACUUGAGACCGUACAUUGCAAAUCAAAUUGUAUUGGUCACAUACACAUGGUUAGCAGAUGUUAAUGCAAGUGUAGCGAAAUGCUUGUGCUUCUAGUUCCGACCGUGCAGUAAUAUCUAACAAGUAAUCUAACAAUUUCACGACAACUACCUUAUACACUCACAAGUGUAAAGGAAUGAAUAAGAAUAUGUACAUAUAAAUAUAAGGAUGAGCGAUGGCCAAACGGCAUAGGCAAGAUGCAGUAGAUGGUAUAGAGUACAGUAUAUACAUAUGAGAUGAGUAAUGCAGGGUAUGUAAACAUGAUAUAAAGUGGCAUUGUUUAAGUGACUAGUGAUACGUUUAUUACAUCAAAUUAUUAAAGUGGCUAGAGAUUGAAUCUGUAUGUUGGCAGCAGCCACUCGGCCAUCGAGAGAAUACCUCUUAUGAAAUCUAUAAAAGCUAUCCAACUGCCUACGUUUUACCUAAUGGAAGCGUAAAAUAAUUAACAAGUUUAAAUUCUUGAUAUUUGACCCAUUCAUUCUAUUUUAUGACUGAAAAUAUUCAUGUUGAAGCCACAAUGAUGCAACUCAACGGCUGAAGUGUAGUUCUUCUGUAAAGUAUUUCAACUGGAACAACCAUUUCACUAAUGGAUUCAAUAUAUCCAAGUAACAGUUUAAUAGUUUAGAAUGUAUUUUUUUUUUCUGUAACAUUCAAAGUCAGCAGGCUUUGUAUUCUUGAGACCUUAGUCACUCCAAAAGUGAACAACCCACCUGGGAAGACUUCCCCCGAACAGAGUGAGAUGGAGGACAUUCAUCAAUUGCCUAUGAGCUUAAGUCAAAUAAGUCCCAUUAAAUCCUCAGAGGUACACCAAGAUACCCAGAAGCAUCUCAUACACUUAUUUUCUCUGAUCUGCAACUAUUCUGUUGUGUACAUAGAACUUUACUGCUCUCCAGUCCCUGUUUACUAGCGUGUGGGGAGAAGCAGCAAUGCAUUUCUGUCUUGUUUUCCAGGCGUUUUUCCCAUUCGGAUAAAAUCUUCAACUGCAUCCACCUCUAUUGUCGACCAAUACCUUUUUGUUUCUUUGGAAAGAGAUGACAUCAUGAAUGACUACAUUAUAUAAAGGUUGAGAACAAUACAGUACUUGAACAUUUCUCUGUAUUUACUCUACAAGGUUGCAGCUGUAUCUGCAGAGAGUGUGUUGAGGUUAAACUAACAAUCCCAUCUAAAUAACUACAUAGAGGAUGUGAGAGAAGAAUGUGCAAUGCUGACAUUAAGGCAGACUCAAUCUGUAUGGAAUCUAAGCCCAACAAAUUGUUUGCAAUGUAAGCCUUAUAAUAAAAGCAAUACUUAUUAAAUGAAGUUCCCUCCCCCAAGAAAAA